AUGACUACAACAACAAGAAGCAAACACAAAUCGACAGAGGAGGGCAAGCGGAAGCCCAAGCAAGUGUCCAAGCAGAAAGAGGACAAGAAGGACGGAGUAGAAGAGCCACCAAGAGGAGCUGAUUCUUCUGCAUCCACUCCUACGAAACAAGAAGAUCUCCUCACUCCAGCACAAAAGAGUCAGAUUAUUAUUGAUAUCGAGAAGAAUCCCGGCAUUCUAUGGAAAGGUUUGUUGAAGCAAUUCCCUGUCUAUUACAAGAUUGGUGAGCCCUACCAAACAGCAUUCCGAAACCGCUACAACUAUCUCAAUCGUAUCAAGCGAGAGACGCCACAGAGGUAUUGGGAGCUCUACGCGAAAGCUGGAGAGAUCAUUGCUCAGUCCCUCACAGGUACUAGUUACCGAGAAAGCACCACGGACAUCAUUGACGAAGAAGAAGAAGCCACCAAGCCUGAGCCUGAGAGCCAACCCACGCCAGCAAUUGUGGAGCAACAAGACGACGGCACAGUUGUAUCGACCUUGACAGAGCCAACGUUGAGAGGAAAGCUGACAUCUCCCAAGAAGGCCAUUAUCUACAGGAAGCAAUACACGCCCAACAAAAAGAAACCAACCACUCCUCAAAACACACCACACAGGACUACAGUCACGAUGCCAUCAUCCAAAGCAUCCAGCUCCAAGAAGUCUGGCUCAUCAAAAGGCUCCACCGCUGCAUCCUUUAGCUCUCCUACAGGUAGCAAGCGUCAGAGUCGAUUCGCCACGCUGGAUGAAGCCAAGCAGUUUGCCGACGAGACAAUCAUGGUUGACUUUGAUUUCCCUGAGAAGAAUGGUGGCCCGAUGCUUUGGGUUCAACUCAUCCCGGAAUGCACAACCAAAGAUGGAUCGACGAUGUAUGACAAGAUUGAUAUCCGACUCGCAACAGUCAUUGACUUGUCCGAUGCUCAUCAAAUUUAUGGAUGGACUGUUCUUGAAGGGCGAGCCUUUCUCUUGCGCAUGCCAUGGGUCCCCACUUACAUGCUUCACUUUCACAGCAAGUUGCUAAAAAAGGAGAAGAAACCUUGCUCUCGCACCAAAAAGAAGAUGGCUGCUGCUUGCAACGCCAUUCUCAAGUCUGAAGAUGAGGAGAAUGAUCUUGAGCCUCGUCGUUGGAAGCAUGUACUCUUUGUCUUCCCCGAUGAGAUGGUUGUUACAUCUGACUUGGAAUCUGAGACAGCUUCUAUCCAUGACCGGAAGCAAAUGUUGAACCUCCGUUUGAUGCAGAUCAAGAAGACUCUCGUUGGAGAAGGAACCGAUCAAGAAGAGAUGGAACAAAUGUUCUUUCCCUCUUUCUUUUCCUUUCGUGUGAUUGAUGAGGAUGCCGAGAAUGAGCUCAAUCUCAAGACCAAAAAGAAGAAGGGAGUGUCUCUGAAGACUCUAUUCAAGGGAAUGCAACUCAAUAAGAAAGGUGAGCCAAAGUUUGAUGAUGACUCUGAGUCCUCUGUUGCAUCCAAUGUGUCUGGCUCCAGCUCAAACGCUGAGGAGGAGUCAACAGCAUCGGAAGGAACAAAGAAGACGAAAAAAAGCAAGAAGAAGACGAAGCGGAAGCCCAAGAAAAAGAAGACAAAGAAGAAGAAAGCCGAGGAUAGCGAUGGAGGCUCCAAAGCUGAAAGUGGCAAUGGAACUGACGAGGAAGAGAAGGAAGACGAUGACGAUGCUUCAAUGGCAUCCAAAUCAACUGAAUCGGAAGGAGGAAGUAGUGACGAGGAAGAAGCAUCAGCUGUCGCGUCGUUCGUUGACAAGAAAAAGCCAUUGCCAGUGCCGAUGCCACCAUUGCCACCAUUGCCACCUUCGCCACCACACAUGCUCCCAAAGCCAAAGCCAAAGCCAAAGGACCCACCAAAGCCAAAGGACCCACCAAAGCAACAGGAAGGAACUGAGAUUGGAAGCACCGUUCCAGGUUCUAUUGUACUUGUCAGUGAUGAUGACAAGUCAAGUGCUAGCAAGGCACCUAUCAAGCGACAGAAAGAGCUUCUGAAGAUGUUUUCAUUUGACAUUGUUGACUUCAAAACCAAACGCAAUGAAGACUACAACACAGCACGAAGGAACAAGAGAGAAGCUCGAUUGCGUUUGGUUCGUCAAAUGGAUGCCUUCCUCCUUAAGCGGGCCCGCCAAGAGAGCGAUGCAACCACAGAGGAGGGAGCUGGGAUCGAUACAAGCUUCGAGGUCACCAAUGCAACCAUCGAAAGAGUUGACAGCCGAGCUGCCGAAUCCACCAAGAAUGCAUCCGGCACGGGAGGAGAUGUAGAAGAGUUCAUUGACAGCCUCAAAAAUGGGUUGGACAAUGCGUUCGAUGAAGCAAAGAAGGAACUGAAUGAGAUCUCUGGAUAA